UAAUACAUUGAGUGAGCAAACACCCUGUACCGUUUGCAAAACACAUUUAACAACCCUAUCCUUAUUAACGCCAAAGCAUCUGUUUCUAAGAGCGUACCCCACAUGCCAUUACGUACUUUCUAUCUCACACACGGAAAAUGACAUGCAAAUAACAUUUAGAACUGGCAUAAAAGUCUGGUAAGUGUGUGUCGCUGUGUCUUUAAGACACAAACAAAACAAAAAAAAACCUGACAAUGUGUGCGCAUUUGUGGAAUCUGAUUGGUUGCACUGCAGUCUCUACUAGUGCAUGUUCUUCACGUGUAGUCCCAGCCGCUGGAGCAUACAAUACAGAUAGUACCGAAACUUACUUAAGAAGACUCAUGAAGAACGUGUCUUAGCACCGACAGCCUCCCGUUUCAUCUGGACUCACAAACAACAAGGUAGAACAUGGCUGGCCUCCCACUAUCUUUCAGCAGUGGCUAUAUGGAGGAAUGCUGGGAGUGGGAUAUCAAUGCUAAGUCUCCAGCAGCCGUGCUGUCUCCAUGCCGACAAGCUGUGUACUUCCAUAUCGACCCUGUCCAGGAGAGCCAGGGGACAGCAGGGGUCAGGGGGACUAAAGGUUUCACUCAUGGGAAGCACUACUGGGAGGUGGAGUUUCUGGAGCCCCCCUACGGGACGUCAGUGAUGGUGGGGUUGGGAACAAAGAGGGCACAGCUACACGUGGGGGACUACCAGUUUAUCAACCUACUGGGCAUGGACGGUGAGAGCUGGGGGUUGUCUUAUAGAGGUUCAGUUUGGCAUAAUGGAAGAAGCAGGAAGUACACUGAGCCGUUCUACGAGAAGGUGACUGUCAUCGGUGUUUGUCUGGACCUGCACGCCGGGACCCUGAGCUUUUACAGAAACCGGGUCAACCUUGGAGUGGCCUUCACUGGACUGGAUAAGGUGGGAGUCCCGCUGUACCCUCUAGCCAGCUCCACUGCAGCAGAGACCGAGCUGCUCUUAGGUACUCGGAGCUGGAGCUUCACCUCCCUGCAGGAGCGCUGUCUCUGCACUGUGCUGCAGCAUCUGGAGGGGACUUCCGUCGACACUCUACCCCUGCCCUGGGCCAUCCGAGGCCAGAUCAAGGCAAAUAAAACCAUGGUUCAAAUGCACAGAGAAAAGGAAUGUAGGUGACACCCACCCAGACUUAGUUACCCUAUGACUCUGUGUACACAAGGUCAGUUUGGGACAGUUCAGGCUUUUCAAUUCACAUCGCAAUGCAUUCUGGUAAGUGCAGUCCUGCUGUCAAAGGUACGUGAGACAGGUAAAAUGUGCCAGAAUGCAUUGCAAUUUGAGUUAAAAAUCCUGAUCUGUCUCGUGUACAUGGAGUCAUAUGGUAACUCUACCAGGACUUCACUUCAAUUUACUAGCUAACUAGGGUGUCUCAUACCUAGGUAGCGGUUGUGUUUUGAGAUGUUCUUGCUUUAUAUAUAUUUAUGUAUUUUUAAUGUUGUGGAUUAUUGUGGUUAACUUUACCAUCCAAAGAAACACCCUUUAAGCAACUUGCCAUAAGAAUCUCAAUUCAGCUGUUUCAUGUCAUUUAGAUUACAAAUUGAACAUGUGGUCUAGCAAGUGGCCAGUCACUUAUUAUUUCAACUUUUUUUUUUUUUUUCUAGUACAUAUCAGACUGUAUUUAACUUCUCUAUGAACGUUAUGAAUGUUAUUUUGUGUACUGGUCCCUGGUGAAUACUUUU